AGGGACUUGGAGCAGGAAGGGGGGGGAGCCAUGACGUCGACGACUCGGGUGUCCCUGAGGAGGCAGUUCAGGGGGAGUUCGAUUAUGAGGGACAGGAUGCUGCCGCGGGUGGUGGGUCAGGUGGUGGACGACGCGGUGACGAGGAGACCGCGGGUGUCCCUGAGGGGCAGGAUGCUGUCAUGGGCGGUGGGUCCCCUAGUGGGCCAUGGCGACAGCGAGACCGCGGGUGAUGAGGGACAGGGUGCCGUAGUGUGUGGCAGAGGAGAGGGUGGACCCGGUGGAGAUGGGGACACCGCUGGUGUCGGUGGAGACGAUGGACCGGACGGCGACGAUGACGACGACCACGGUCCCGAGGACGAUCCGUAUAGGCUCGCCUUGGUGUUGAGGGAUCCCACAGUGCCUCCGUUGCGCCCUGACGACACAGCGUACACUUUCUUCGACGCCGACGCUUUGGCGCAUGCGUUGACGGAUGGCCCUUUCGCACACGUGAGCCGCAAGAGCGGCAAGCAGCGGGCCCCUGGGAGGGUAUAUUCACCGCCGCCGUUCACUAUGCUGCGCCCUCACUGGUCGGGUUCGUCGCUCAGCGGUGUUAGAGGGAGGGAGUCCGGUGAGGGUGAGGUGGGGUCCAGCAGACGCAGCGACGGCGACAGAGAUAGUGCAGGAUCGAUGGCUCCACCGCCCGCACGGACUCCGGAGGCCAGGGUCGACACCGGGGACCGGACGGUGGCACCCGGAGUUGCGCACAGUGGCGGUUCCCCGCUGCCGAGCCGCAUGCUUGGUUUGUCACGAGCGGAGACGAGGAGGACAUUGGUCCUUGAGGCCGCAGGGACAUCCACGGACAGGCUGCGGGGAGAGCAGUUCACAUCGGGCGAGGAGGGGUUGUCGAUGCGUUCCGGGACGAGACGACAUCAUGACCUCUCGGAGGUUGAGGCUCGACUUGAUGCAGGGGUCGCCGCUGGGCAGGCAGCAUUGGACGCGAUUCAGAGGGAGAGAGAGGGGGGGAUUGCUGCACAGGCGAAGGAGGACGAGGACGCAGACACUGAGUCCGAGCCGAUCGAGACUGCAGCCCGCAGACACAGGGCACAGGUGGCCGCGGCGGCCGCUGCAGCACAUGCGGCAUACGUCAGCGGGGCACGGGGCACAGGUGCCGGAGGGAGAGGAGGGCGCCGGGAAGGACCGCAUGGCCGCACGUCCUCCGGGAGAGGCCGCGCGCGCUCCGGUGGGAGAUGACGACGUCCGUGGUGUUUUUUUUGCUACUCGGUUGUACAGUAGAGACGAUGCCAGUCGACGGGUCCAAUUUUUUUUGCUACUCUGUUGUGUAAAAGAGACGAGGGGUCCAGUUUUUUUUUCCUACUCGGUUGUACAUUAGGGUUUUCAUUUUUUUUUUUCUUACUCUGUUUUCAUAAGAGACGAUGUGGACAUUAGGGUUUUCAUUUUUUUUUUCCUACUCGGUUGUACAGUAGAGACGACGCCCGUCGACGGGUCCAGUUUUUUCUUGCUACUCUGUUGUGUAGCAGAGACGAUGGGUCCAGUUUUUUUUUGCUACUCAGUUGUACAGUAGAGACUACGGGUCCAAUUUUUGGCUUCAGCCUUGUUCAUACGCAUUUCCAUUGAAAUGCUUUGUCAUAUAUUUGUUAUUGUUCUUGUUCCUCCGCCAAAAUUGGUCUUGCAUCUGAGCCGCUGUUGUUUGGUGAUUGUUUUCUGCUCUGUUGUCGUGAUUGUUGCAAAUUAUGUGUUUCUCCGAUGCCACACAUGUGCAUGUCAUGGAUGCCUCCAUUAUGAAUGUGCUGUUAAUUUCAGAUGCGACAUAGGGAUGACGUCCUAAUGAAUGUGUUCUUACAUAAAUGAUGUGCUAAUGAAUGUCCAUCAGUCUC